AUGAAGGUCUGUAGAAGCAGGGACAUUUAUACCAUACUCUCAAAAGCAUUGUCUUCAUCAGCCAACAGAAGAGAUCUUCAGAAACUCCACUGCCUCAUCAUCACCUACGGCUUACACGAGUCCCUGUUUUUCUCGGGAAAAUUGAUCUCCAAAUACGCCCAGCUGACAGAUCCGAAUUCUUCUUUGCUGGUUUUUCGAGAAAGUUCGCGAAUAGACAACGCGUACUUGUGGAACACGAUCAUUAGGGCAAUGACUCACAAUGGGCUAAACACAAAGGCAAUUGAAUUCUACGAGGGAAUGAGAAAAUUAGCCGUGAGGCCCGACAAGUACACAUUUCCUUCGGUUAUCAAUGCUUGUGGGAGUUUGAAGGAUUAUGAGAAAGGGAGAGUGGUUCAUGAGCAUGUUGUGGAAUUGGGUUUCGAAUUGGAUGUGUAUAUAAACAAUUCGUUGAUCGAUAUGUACUCGCGAUGCAAUGAUUUGCAGCGUGCUCGAGAAGUGUUUGAUAGGAUGCCUCAAAGAGAUAUUGUUUCGUGGAAUAGUUUGAUUUCCGGGUACACUUCCAAUGGAUUCUUUAAGGAGGCAUUGGGUAUUUAUUCUUGGUUGAGGAUGGAUGGUUUGGUCCCUGAUUCUUUUUCGCUGUCGAGUGUUUUGCUCUCUUGUGGUGGUCUGGAAGAGGUGAAACAAGGCCAGAUCGUUCAUGGUUUGGCUAAGAAAGUUGGAACAUGUGGAUAUGUGACUCUAGGUAAUGCACUGCUCUCAAUGUAUUUUAAGUUCGAGAUGUUACACGAUUGUUGGAAGGUUUUCAACGAGAUGGUUCUUAGUGAUAGUGUUACUUGGAAUACCAUGAUUUGUGGAUAUUAUGAAUCCGGCUUAUAUGAAGAGUCCAUUAAUUUCUUUUUGAAAAUGGUUAGCAUGUUUAAACCAGAUAUUUUGACGAUCACAUCCGUUCUCCGUGCUUGUACCUACAUUCGAAACUUGAAGUUGGGAACAAUUGUCCAUGAAUACUUGGUUAGCAAUGGAUAUGGGUAUGAUAUUAUAGCGAAUAAUAUAAUCAUUAACAUGUAUGCAAAAUGUGGUGAUGUGUUACGUGCUAGGAAAGUGUUUGAGAGCAUGACAAGCCAGGAUUUGGUGUCCUAUAACUCCCUUCUUACUGGAUAUACUGAAAACUGUUUCUAUCAAGAAGCCCUGGAUCUCUUUUUGAGGAUGAGAAUAACUGUUCAACCUGAUUUUGUGACAUACGUGACACUUCUUUCUAUUUGUGCGGUGCUACCUAAAGAAAAACUAACACAGGAAAUACACUGUGAUGUUAUAAAGCAAGGUUUUGAUUCCACUCAAAUUGUCGGCAAUGCACUUUUAGACGCAUAUGCCAAGUGCGGAAAAAUAGAAAAUUCACUAAAACAAUUUGAGAACAUGAAAAAUCGAGAUACUGUGGCAUGGAACUCUAUAAUUGGUUCUUGUGGUCAAACUGAGAAUUUUAGUCUUGGUUUGAGAAUGCUUAGCAGGAUGAAAAUGGAGGGGAUAAUGCCAGAUGUCCCUACAUUCUUAAGUGCGCUGCCUUUGUGUUCCUUUCUCAUUGCUGAGCGUCAAGGGAAAGAGAUGCACGGAUGCAUAUUAAAAUUGGGUUGUGAGUCAAAUAUUGCAAUUGGGAAUGCUUUGGUUGAAAUGUACUCAAAAACUGGCAGUUUAAGGAGCUCAAUAUUGGUAUUUGAGCAAAUGAAAGAAAAGGACUUGGUUUCAUGGACAGCAAUGAUAUCUGCAUACGGGAUGUAUGGUGAAGGAAGAAAAGCUCUUGAUGCUUUUGAGAAUAUGAAGAAGGCCGGUAUUAUUCCUGAUCACAUUAUCUUUAUUGCCGUCAUGUACGCAUGCAGCCACUCGGGAUUGGUGCAAGAAUGCUGGGCUUGCUUUGAGCAAAUGGGGAAAGACUACAAUAUGAAGCCGAGGCUUGAACAUUACGCUUGCAUGGUUGAUCUUCUUUCACGUUCGGGCCUUUUAACGGAAGCUGAGCAAUUUAUUCUCUCCAUGCCUUUGAAGCCCGACGUGAGUAUAUGGGGUGUCCUACUUAGCGCUUGCCGAGAAAGUGGGGAUACGGAAAUUGUGGAACGUGUAUCAAGACGUGUUCUUGAGCUAAAUUCGGAUGAUCCGGGGUAUCAUGUUUUGGCCUCAAAUGUGUUUGCUGCCUUGGGAAAAUGGGAUCAGGCAAGGAAGAUAAGAACAUCUUUAGAAGCUAAAGGACUGAAGAAAGACCCCGGUUGUAGUUGGCUGUAG